UUCAUGGUGUCCGGGCGAGUUGGGGAGGUCUACCCUGCUCAUGGUCAUGGAGCAUAGGAAACGGCACAUGGACGACUAUGUACAGUGCAAGGAAAUAAAAGCGUAAUAUUCAAUUGUUUGGCCACCUAUCCACGUAGUACCAUCCAGACACACCUUAGCAGGGAGACGAUGGGGGAGGCGGGAAGAUUGAUAAGCUGGCUCCUAAACAAGUUACGGUCAAGUUCUCGCAGUACGUGAUGGUGUAAGGAAUUUGGUGUUCUCUCCAGUCUUUCCCAAGAUGGAGCACGACACCAGAGGUUUAACCUGACGCUGUUAAAGACGACGUUUUGCUAGCGUCGUUAUGAGAAAUCGGUACACAUCCAUUCUGCAGCUGGAGCGUCACUGGAGGGCGUGCUGCGCCAUGCUGCCAAUGACGUCACUGAUUCACUCUUGACUCACGCGCAAGCCGAUUAUGACGUCACUGAUUGGCUAAACGAUUGCCAAAUGGACUAUUAUUAAUAUAAAUUGAUAUAAUAAUAGUCUUGGUCAGGCAGUGCCCCAAAUUUCUACCCAUUAUAAAAUCUUUGGGCAGCGAUCAAGUCUUGCUACAAGGUGGAGGACGCGACAACCCUCGACGAACUCCAUACGUUCCAUUUAGGACAACUUUGAACCCAUUAUCCUGCAGAAUUGGCCAGUUCUAUCCCAGAUAGGCUUAAGGAGGUGCUGAGACGAAAGGGCGGACCCUACGAAGUGUUACGAGAUGGAAUGAUGGGAAAAAAUCAUGGGCCCAGAAGGAAGCGUGUGUAGCAUCUGCUCUCAAAAGUAUGACAGUGACCACACUCCCUGGAGGCUCUCCUGUGGCCACACCCUGUGUUCAACUUGUAUGGACGAAAGUCUCUUCGAGGAGGGUCCAUGUUCUAAGUGUGUGAUUCAGCAGCCGUGUGUUUCCUCUUCCUCAGGAUGCCCUGAAAAGGGUUUAGAAGAUGGUGCAGGAGACAGUAAGUUUGUGGUUGAGGGGAACGUGAAGGCAGAUCAAAGUUCGGUUACAUCUGGGAGCUCAGAAGAGCCUGAAUGUUUAGGCCAUGAUAUAUCGAGUGUUUGUUCUAAGGAAUCGCCCCUACUGGAUACUGAGGAUGACAGAGAGUCGUGCUGCACGAACAACAGUACGGAAGUCACACAGAUCGCCUCCGGUAGGUCAACGGACUCGUCAGAUACUGACGAAACUUCCCAGUCCCUCAGCGAGACGGAAAGUAAAACAGCGGGUAAAAAUGAUUCUGCAGAAAACUGGAAACAAGAGGACGUCAAACUGAUAGACGAAAAAAUAGUGAUGUUGAGAGAGAUUCAGUCACAAAUGACCGAGUUAAUGAAUCAAAGGCCAGUACUAUCACAAGUCCAGGGAGCGCCAAUUUCUUUGUCAAACGUCCCCGAACGCGAACUCCGGGCGAAGGGGAAAAUUCAGGAAAUAAAUGACUUAGUUUCUUCUUUGGAAAAUUUGAAAGUGGAGGUUCAGUUUGCCAAGCUGUCAUCCAUCAUUUCCGAUGCCAAAAAGGAAGUCAGCCAAGUGCAGUCGACUAUCAGGCAGCGCAUUGAAAAUGAGAUGGGCAAGAAGGAGAGCAGGAGGCCUGGACCCGAUAUUUCCGGUCACGGAGAACCAGGCAGUACUCUCAACAGACUGACCAAUGAGCGACUGCAAGUCAAGUAUGCGCCAGUUAUUGGUGAGGACAGCGCCAUUCGGGAUGGGAAGUCAACGGACGUCUUUAUGCAGAACCUGUCCCUGACUGAAGGGGACGAACUUGAUCAAAUAAGUUUCGAAGAACUUCGCUUUGAGCAUUACUCUGAUUGCAGAUCUACCAUUCGGGAAGGUUCUCCACCUCCUCCUUCUUAUAAAUCUCCCCUGGGGUUCAGUUUCACCUUCCAGAAAAAGAAACUGGGCAGCUAUGAAUCAGACAAGUGGUUAAAUGUCCUACAACACGACGAACCACCAGAAUCUGUGAGUGGAUCAGAUCAACCUGAAAACGAAUCUUUCCCUUUCGUGAGCAGCAGUGGAGCCGCACUUGCAAAGUACUCCCCAGUAGCGCAUGUGGAGCUUGGAGGACGCUUUCAAGUCAUCACUGCCAUGAAAGAGUACGCAGAUAAAAGCUUGGAAGAGCUACGCGUUGAACGUUACAUAUCUGACGGCGUCGCUCUGGGACUGGAUUCGUUUCUCAUAAACAGGACUUUUAAAGGCGUCGCCGCCAAAGGUAGAAGACCCAAGCAAAGACUCACUCGACAGGGUUCUUCAUCACAAACCUUAGUGGACCCUAAUUCACUCCGAAGCAGUGUAGCACCUCCCAGGUUUAAACCGACUUCGGGUAGUGACGUUUCAACUGCGGAUGGUGUAUCUCGUGUCAUUCGUGUGCAUUUGCAAGUUAUUAGUGCAAUGGAGGAAUAUAAAUGCAAGAGUUUUGAAGAGAUCCGGAUUGAGCAGCAGUUUCUUAGACGGCCGAUUUUCUAGUAGACAAAUGACCUUACUUGCCUCGCAAAUCAGGCAGUUUCUAAAUAUGAUAUUCUUGUAAAUAUGUGCAGAAAUGAUUGAAUACUCCAGUAGGACAGCUGCAAGGGAAUUAACAACGUUAAGCAAGUAGUCUGGUUGAAGUGUUUUGUAAUAGAAAUUAAGAAUUGAGUGACAUACUUGAUAUAUAAGCUAUAUAAUACUAAAACUCUGUCUGGAA